AAUCAUCUCAACUCACGACGUAGAGCAGGAAGUCAACGCGCCACACCCACCGGACCGAUCUCUGCAGGAUCAUACAGGUCUCAGAUUAACUGUAUCAGACAUCCCCGUUAUAAUUCACCAAGUGGGAAUCCGUGUUAAAAAGAAAUCUCCCGCUAAAUUAUAAAACGAACAACUAAACCAGAUAAAGCUCAUUUUACUCGGGCUCCUCGGGCGCUACCCAAAAGGGGUCUUUUCUCGCCACGCUGACAGACAGACACGACCCUGACUGAGACGUAUUUUUAAAUAAGUGACACCACUGUGUACUAAAGUGAUAAUCAAUGUAAUUUAUCAUUAAAGUUGACGCGUUGGGGGACAUGUAGCGCCCUGAUUGGCUGUUUUACAGACGCGUGCAGACAUGAGCUCUGAGGUGUGCCCGUUCUGCGGGAAAACUUACAAAAGGAUAAAAACUCACCUGCAUCAUUGCAAGGCGGCAGCGAGCUGGAGAACUCAAACCCAACAUGACGUCGAGGUGAAUCAGACGUCAUCCCCUCAGCCUGCCACAGCCUUGACCGAACGGUCAGCGAAGUGGGAAGUGUCCACACAGACGCCGUCGAUGACUGCAGGUGCACAGUCAAGGAAGGGUAAAAAGAUGUCUGUGGUCUCAUCAGAAGCAUUGUCCCUGAGCUCUGAGUCACUUCCAUCAUCAACAAAGAAGAAACUGAAGCUGUCCGAACAAAUCAAGACAGCCAACGUGCCCUCCUCUACCACCGUGUCCCUCAGCCACACCCCACCACUGUCUCCCACAGCUUCUAAGCCCAAAAGGAAGAGUCUCCGUGCUUUGGUAGAAGCUGCAAAGUCCAAACAGGUUUCUAAUGGAUCACUGGAGGAAACCAAACCUCCCUCAGUGGUCCUGCCUUCAGGUUCAGCUCCAUUUGUGGAAGAUCCUCUAAGCUCCAGAACCACAGUGCAUACAGGGACCAGAACUAAUCCCGACAAAGACAAAAGUGCCUCUAAAACGAAGGUGUCAAAAACAAAGAAGGCUGUACAAUCCCUUUCCAAAAGCAAAGAUACCUCUAGCUCUCCUCUACCUACAGCAAAUGAAAGUAGUUCAAGACCCCGUUUAAGAGACGACCUCUUGGUGGACAACAUGGGGGAGAUUGUGGAUUUGAAUGUGAAUAAGAUGCUCUUGAAAUCAGGAAGUGGUCACCAGGCCAGUAUUACCCUCAAGGAUGUGAAAGCGACGUUAGGCCGAGCUAACACCACCAGUCGGUUCAGCAGGUCGAGCAUCCUGAGCCAGAUUCAAACUGUGGAUGAUCUAAGCAGCAAACCAAUCAGACCUGGUACAAGUCUCAGUCCAGUUCCACUCCCAACUGGGACUCUAGAGGAUGUUGAUAGCUGCAAAUCUGUGUCAGACCAGCCUCCCAGCACAAGUUCACAACAUAAAGAGAUACAAUCUGUUAAGAGAAAAAGUUCAAAGUCCAAAAAAAUACCUUUAAUCUCCCCGCAACCUGAUGAUUCCCCUCAGCCUCAACUAACCUCCCUUGCAGCUCCACUCCUUUCUGGCCACCUAUCAGCUCAGGUGAGCCAAGCCAAGUCCCUUCCACAUACAGUCAGCAUGAAAGACGGGCUGACGCAGGGCCACCACGUGACAGGACUCCCUACAGUAUCACCAUCACUCGCCCAGAUUGCCAGCCCCCAUCUUUUCCCUCGUGCACCACAAACUCUGCCGACGAGGGUGGAGACAUUGAGAGCUGAUAAUGUGUUGACAAUGGAGAAGUUGCAGCUCGGGGUCAGGAAACCAAAUACUGCUGACAAUGGGACUGAAGUUGCUCCGACACAGCGAAGUCUCGGACAGGUGAGACUGAGGGAGUUGCCCAAGUGGUUGGCCUACAAAGCUCCGAGCCAUCCAAGAGAUGUAGUGAGCAUGGUGCAAGGAGGCUGGCAGUGGUAUUACAAGAAGUAUAUUGAUGUGAAGAAAGGCGGUAUAGGUGGACUGAGCAUGUUGUUAGCAGGAUACUGCGUGCUCAGCUACAUCUGGAGUUACCCUCACAUAAAGCGUGAUCGCUGGAGGAAGUACCACUAAGGCCGAGGGAAGAUGUUUGGACAAGCGAGACUCUGUAUGAGGAAACAGCAGCUGUGGCAGAGGGAGGGUUCGGAACUCUUUAAGUUUUUAUUCUGUUAAUAAUAUAUAAUUAAUCCAGAUCCAAGUAUUUACACUGGAGGUUUGUCUGAGAAACUGGUUUCUGGUCAAUAGGUGCGCUCUCCUUUUCAACAAUUCAAAAGCAAAAGUUCAUUAUUUUGGAAAAUGAUGCAGAGAUCAAGACAAGUCUCAUAUAUUUCUGUUAAAUAUUAAGCUGCUUUGCUUAGCUUAGUGUAGCAUGAAGACUAAAAACAGGGAAACAGCUAUACUGGCUCUGUCAAAUGUAAACAAAAUCCACCUACCAGCACCUAAAGCACUAAUUAAAACGUUAUAUCUUGUUUGUUUAAUCCGUACAAAAAUCGAGGUGUAAAAGCCCCAUAAAAAAGGUUAAAAAUGUUAAUUCAACUUAAAAUAAACUGUUAAUAAGUCAACUUUAAAUGUGCCGGUAGGUCGCUUUUGUUACCAGUUUAAUCUAAACUAACCAGCUGCUGGCUUGUAUUUAGUAGACAGAUGAGAGCACGAUUUCAAUUAUUUCAUUUAAUAUAUAUAUUUCUGGCAUAUAUAAGAUGCCAGAAAAUAAAUAAGCCAAUAUCCCGACAUGUUGAACUAUGCCUUUAACAACUGGAAGAGUUGUGAUUCUGAAACCAGUAGCUUCAUUCUUGACUGAUUACACUUGUAUAGGACAUCUAAAAUGAAAUACUGCACUGUAAUGACCUUGUUUUAUUUCACAUUAUUUAUUCACUUAUCUAUGUUUAUGUUAUUAAGUCUGUUUGUAUCUUAUUUUUGUUUAGGAAUGAAAAAUGUUCACAAGAGAACUACUAAUAAUUACUCUUUAUUGGGCCACUGUGUGACUCAGGGGCUCCACUAGGUGUCAUUGUUGAGUUGUGUUACCAAAACCAACUGGGCUGGGCAGUCAAAUGUUUGCUAUGCAGAGUUUUCUUAGCUCCUUUGUGCAGAGGCAUUGGUGCUGGGGCUCCAUGAGAGGAUUAAAGGGAAUCAACAGAUUUUUAACUUGAUAAAAUCUUACUGUGGCAGCCCAGAAACAUGAAAUUCCAAAAUAUCCUGAUAUUAGUAUAUGUGUAAAGCUCGUAUAUGUGUAGCAGAGGGUCGCAAACCUUGUUUUUUCUUUUCCAAAACGCUCCCCCCCCAGUCACAUGAUGUUAUUAUGCAUGCUUAGUCUGUCAGUGCCAGUUUGUGAACACUCACAGAAUAGUAAUGGAGGGACGCUGAAGGAGGUUCUCAGCUGGACUGGACCAGUUUGUUAUUGUAUUCAAAAUGAAUUUAUUGUUGACUCUCCUCGCUGCUGUAGUGAACACACAUUAGCUACAUAUGAAGAAAUGACAGUAUGUUUGUAAUGUUAUGUUUUUCUUUUCCUGACACCGCUUCUUAGCCAACACAAUAAAAAAUAAUUUCCAUUUUCUCAC